GUAUGGAAAACCAUUUGGUUCAGUGUGGUAUCAUAAGUCUUCAGAGACAAAGCAAUAUCUGGUAUUCUGAAGAAGGAACACUGUAGCUAAAAAAUGGCGAAGUUUGUGAUUGCUCUGAUGGCCACACUUGCUGUCUGCAGUGCCUACCCCGAUCCAUUAUCUCUUGGGGAUCUCUUUCAAAAGCAAAGCAGUUCUGCAAAGGCUCUUGGGAAUCUCUUUCAAAAGGAAAGCAGUCCUGCAAACGCUCUCAAAGAACUGCUUGAAGAUCUCUCAGAAAAAAGUGGUUUAUUCAAAAUACCCAUUCCUACUCCAAUCAUUUUUCCUUUCCCAGUCAUAGAAAAGCCCACUAAAGAUGAACCUGCUGCAGAUGCACCAGUAGAGUCUGAAUCCCCUGCAGCUGAUGAACCUGCUGCAGAUGCACCAGCAGAGUCAGAAUCCCCUGCAGCUGAUGAACCUGCUGAAGAUGCACCAGCAGAGUCAGAAUCCCCUGCAGCUGACGAACCUGCUGCAGAUGCACCAGCAGAGUCUGAAUCCCCUGCAGCUGAUGAACCUGCUGCAGAUGAACCAGCAGAGUCUGAAUCCCCUGCAGCUGAUGAACCUGCUGCAGAUGAACCAGCAGAGUCUGAAUCCCCUGCAGCUGAUGAACCUGCUGCAGAUGAACCAGCAGAGUCUGAAUCCCCUGCAGCUGAUGAACCUGCUGCAGAUGAACCAGCAGAGUCUGAAUCCCCUGCAGCUGAUGAACCUGCUGCAGAUGAACCGGCAGAGUCUGAAUCCCCUGCAGCUGAUGAACCUGCUGCAGAUGAACCAGCAGAGUCUGAAUCCCCUGCAGCUGAUGAACCUGCAGAGUCUGAAUCCCCUGCAGCUGAUGAGCCUGCUGCAGAUGCACCAGCAGAGUCUGAAUCCCCCGCAGCCGAUGAGCCCGCUGCAGAUGCACCAGUAGAGUCUGAAUCCCCUGCAGCUGAUGAGCCUGCUGCAGAUGCACCAGCAGAGUCUGAAUCCCCCGCAGCUGAUGCACCAGCAGAGUCUGAAUCCCCCGUAGCUGAUGAACCUGCUGCAGAUGCCCCCGCAGAGGACGAACCUUCAGUAGUCAGUGUGAAGAGGAGUCAACUUCAUGGAUAAACAGAUAAUUAUAGCAUCAGUCAACAGUACAUUUAACAAAGUUUGUACUGCAGUCCAUUUAUAAAUUCAGCUUCUAUUUUUAGCAAUGAGCUGAACUGUAUACUUGAUGCUGUAUAUAAAAAUAAACACUGUUCCUAUUAA